AUUUUCCGUCUCGUAAUUAUUUCUAUUCAUUUUGUGUAUUUAUCACCGUUGAAACAUGGGAACGGUUUGUAAAGAAAAUAGUGAGAAUCAAGUCUCUGAAGGCGUUGAAUUGGAUAAAGGAUAUCGGCUUCUAGACUAUAAAGUCGUACGGUUUAUCGCCAAAGGAGCAUUUGGAGCUGUCUAUCAGGUCGAUCACAUAAAUACUCUACCAUUUGCUCUGAAACUUGAAAGCCGAAGCUCUGAAACUAGAAAUUUGAAAAUGGAAGCUGUUGUUCUCAGAAGCCUUCUCCCAAUUCGUUCACCUUAUUUCUGUCGUGUCUUCUUUUGCGGGAAAGCGGAAAAAUUCAAUUUCCUUAUUAUGACUCUUGUCGGAAAGAAUUUGAGCGAGCUUCGUGCCAACUGCCCGAAUCGAAAGUUUUCACGUCGAACUGGUCUUCAAAUUGGAAUUCAAAUGAUCAAUGCCAUCCAACAACUUCAUUCCAUUGGAUUCAUUCAUCGUGACAUAAAACCUGCCAACUUUUGCAUAAAUCUCGACAAUCCACAUCAACUUGUGAUGGUCGAUUUUGGAAUGUGCCGGAAAUAUUUGAAUGAUGGAGGAACUCAACUGAGACAUCCAAGAUGGUCUGUUCAUGGUUUUAGGGGAACUGUUCGAUAUGCACCACUGGCUACUCAUUAUGGAAGAGAUUCUUGUCGUAAAGAGGAUUUGGAAACAAUCUUUUAUGUUUUGGUUGAACUUUUAGUUGGAACAUUGCCUUGGAUGACUAUGGAAGAACAUAUUCAUGUUGAGCAUUCUAAGCAAGUUGCAAGAACUACGGGAUUGCGUGAAUUCCUCUCUGGAUGCCCAAAACAACUUGUUCAUAUUCUCCUUUACAUUGACAAUCUUCGCUUCUACGAUGCACCUGACUAUGCACUUAUUCGUGGAUUGCUCAGUUUUGCCCUGGAAAAUUGUCAACACAAUGGAUCAUUCGAGUGGGAAGAAGAAAUGAAAAUGGAAAGAAAAAAGGACGAAGAUAUGAGAUCGAAAGACGAAUCUGAAAUUGAGGAUGGAUGACGCCGGAUCUAGAAAUUAAUAAAAGUUCUUGAAUUCUUCAAA